GCAUCUUUCUGAUUCAUCCAAAAGACAUAAGGUUGUACCAUACAAACACAGAAAAUCUGCUACUUAUAACUAUCCAAAAUGUCCAAACCAUACUCAGAACUACUGUGAACUUUUCUGUGAGCAAUGUGACAUUCCUGUCUGUUUUACCUGUACCUCUACAGGUAAUCAUAAAGGACAUCAUUUAUUACUUGUUUUACAAAAAAUCAGUGCCAAAACAAAAGACAUGGAAAUAAAAUUAAAAGAACUUGAGACUAGAAUUUUCCCAAGAUAUGAAAAAAUUGCAUCAGGCUUAAAAACAAAGAAGGAAAGCUUGGAAACACACUACAGUCAAUUAAUAACAGCCGUCACUAAACAAGGAGAAGACUUGCACAGAGAAAUUAACAUCAUUGUCAACAAAUUGAAAUCUGAAAUUGAUGACAUGAAAACUAUCAGCCUGGCUUCCCUAAAUGAAAAGGAAAACGAAAUCAAAAACAUUGCUGCAGAAGUGAAUCAGUGCAUACUUGAUCUGAAGAAAAUACUGGACUCAAAUGAUAUUUCCUUAGACUCUGAAUACAAAUCAAGGAUUGAGAAAUUCAGAUGUCUACCACCAGACCUCAAAGUAUCAUUACCAAAUUUUUCUCCUCAUCAGAUUAACAAAGAACAGUUCCAUCACAUGUUUGGUUCUCUUUCAGCAUUAUCCAUUUCAACAGAAGAAUGCUUUUACAAAAUAAAACCACUGAUUGAUGAACCAGAGCUUAUCGCCACCAUCGAGACUGGGUACAAACCACUGUACAGUGUUACCCGUCUCAGUGAUGAAGAAAUCUGGACAUUCGGAAAUGACAAAAUCAUGAAACUCUACAACCUCAAGGGUAAACGACUGAAGUCAAUCAAAACCAAGUCAGGGAACAUACCAUGUGACAUAUCAGUGACAAGGAGUGGAGAUCUCGUUUAUACUGACCCUGAUACAAGAACUGUAAAUAUUGUGAAGAAUAAACAGAUACAUGAAGUGAUCACAUUACAGGGGUGGAUACCUUGCUUUGUCUGUACUACCUCCUCUGGUGACCUCCUGGUUACCAUGGUCAAUGAUGAUAAUAAACAAUCAAAAGUUGUCCGUAACUCCGGCUCUUCAGAGAAACAAACCAUUCAGUAUGACAGUGAAGGUAAACCUCUGUAUUCAUCUAAUUACCUUAAAUACAUCGGUGAGAACAGGAACCUGGAUAUCUGUGUGGCUGACAAUGAAGCCCGUGCUGUAGUGGUGGUUAAUCAGGCAGGAAAUCUUCGAUUCAGAUACACUGGUCAUCCCUCUACUACCAAGACAUCAUUUAUUCCAUUCAGCAUUACAACAGACAGCCAAAGUCAGAUUCUGACAGCAGACUAUUAUAACCACUGUAUCCACAUCAUAGACCAGGAUGGACAGUUCCUCCGUUACAUUGAUAAUUGUGAUCUGCGGCUUCCACUUGGUUUAUGUGUAGACACCAGAGACAACAUCUUUGUGGCUGAGUAUUUCAGUGGUAAAGUGAAAAAAAUCAAAUACAUGUAAACGCUGCAUUAUUUCAAGAAAUGGCCGUGAAUUAGAUUAAGUUACGCACUGAGAGUUAAAAGUCGUCUGACUUAGGACUAAUAAAAUCCAAUUAGAAGUUGGACAUCCACC